GUCCCUUCAGUUUGAUUGAUUUUAUGGUUAGGAAAUAGUCCAUAGUCUGCUAUAAUAAAUAUUACUCAACAUAAAACAUUUAAAUAAAAGCAGGAGAGGCAUCCUAAAACGGGGUAGUCACGGACAAGAAGCUUACACAGCCAGGCCACAAGAUGGAGAAACUCAUACUUUUGAUGGUGAUCGUUGCAACAUGUUGUGCAACACCCCAAGAUCUGUCAGGUAAAGUGUUUGUCUUUCCCAAGGAGACCAAUACCAAUCGUGUUAUACUCCUCACACCUAAAACCAGAUUCAACAGUGUGACCAUCUGUCUCAGAUAUAUAUCAGAUCUCAGUAGGCCCUAUGGGCUCUUCUCUUUGGCUACACCCACGCACAACAAUGACUUUGUGCUCUUCAAGGCGAACCCAGAGAGUGACAUCAGGCUGCAUGCUCGGGAUGGGUCAACAGGCUUCACGUCACUGAAACUUGAUCCCAACACCUGGCACUCUAUGUGUGCUACCUGGGACUCCACCACUGGGUUGGCUCAGCUGUGGGUGGAUGGUAAGGCAACCAUCAAGAGAUUUGUCCAAACUGGGCCCAUCAAUGGAGCGCCCAUCUCCAUCCUGGGCCAAGAGCAGGACACCUAUGGUGCAGGUUUUGAUGCAAAGCAAUCAUUCGUGGGUAUGAUUACUGACUUCCACAUGUGGGACACCAUCAUCCCCACCUGUGAGAUCAAACGCUUUAUAGGAGAGAAGCACUUCAUCCCCGGUAAUGUGUUCAGCUGGAAAGCCCUGGACUUUCAAGUCAAAGGGCAGGUUUUAGUGGAAGAGGCGUCUGACGUUAUGUAACAGGGUGUAUAACCGUGAAUAAGUCACAAGUAAAACAAAUGUUUGAUAUCUCAAUAUGAUUAAAUUAUCUUUACAUCAUUA